ACCACGUUGUCUCCAGCAAUACCGAUUGCGUCUGUUUCACACUCACUUGUCGGUUAAACGUUGAUCACUGCUAUUAAACGAAAUAAUAAAUAAAAAGAGAAAAAUUCAGCAGGCGAAACUGGUUCAGCCUUCCUUAGCAGCAGCACUCUUAAUCGGUUAUCGAACUAUCCGUGUCGCUCCGCCCACAGCUGGCUUUGUACAACCUGCCCGUUUUUAGCACCCUUUUUUUUGUAUUUCACAAGUUCAAUUGGUCCCUGAUCUGCCUCUUCUCUCUCCUCUUUCUCAGAUUAUUGUUUCGGACGGGGAAAUGGGCAACCAAACCAGUCGAGCGAUCGAGCGAAAACGUGAGAGUCGACGUAUUCGACGACGCAGCACUGUCACCUUGGGUGCACAAUCACAUACCUCUCAGGGCAACUACAACUGGAUUGAUGAAAACACGGCAACAUCCCUGAGCGCAAACGGUAUCAACGCUGCCCUGGCGGCUGCCGCUGCUCAGCAACAAUCCUCCACAGCAGCCGUAACCCAGGAACCACCUCGACGCAAAUCCAUCACUGAAUUCUUCACCAAACGAAAAAUGAGUUUCUCGCGCCCGACAGAAGAAGACUACCGAGAAUACGAUAGAAUGCAACGUCAGCAUUACCUAUUGAAAAGUGCUCGGAAAGCUAAUUCGUGGGUUCCGAUCGAUGCUUCGUCGGAAAAGACCUUUGUUGACGUGGGUACCGGAAACGGCAUUUGGGCACUCGAAAUGGCAACGCAGCAUUCUCAUGCACAAGUCCUGGGACUCGAUAUUCGCCUUCCACCAGAACAGACUUUGGCGAGCUUGAAGAACUUGCGUUUUGUGCGAACUGACAUUCACGAACGUUGGCCUUUGACCGAUGCCGCUGUUGAUCUGAUUUUCCAACGUAAUAUGGGUCCACAUGUCAAAAAACAGCAAUGGCUUGCACUUCUCCAAGAAAUGUAUCGAGUGCUUAAACCCGGAGGCUAUGUUGAACUGUUAGAACUCGAUCCAUGCCACCAUAACCCUGGCCCAGUACAAAAGACGUUUGAAGAAUUCGCUCGGUCGCACUGGGAGGAAUUCGAGUUGGACUUUGAGUUUAUCGGCGCAGUCAAAGGAUACCUCGAGGAAGCUGGAUUUGAGCUGGUGGAGCAAAGACAAGUAGACAUUCCGAUCGGCGAGUGGCCGGAAGAGUCAGAACUCAAACAAUUUGGAUUCAUCAACAAGGAGACACAGAAGGCGUUUCUGCGAAACCGUAAGCAGGAGCUUAUCAGCAAGUGGGGAAUUCCAUCGGAAGACUACGAUCUUGCUGUGCAGGAGAUCAUGGAGGAGUUUGAAGAGUACCACAGCUUUUCGCGGUUCACUUGCUGGAUCGUCAAAAAGCCUUUGUAAUAUAUUCCCUUUUUCUUUUUCAAAUCAGCUUUAAAAGUCACCUACCACAAAACAUCGACAAUCUCAUCCAGAACAACCACAUCCUACCAAACAUAGUAUCUACCCUCACAGCCCUCUUUGCAUUGUAUUUUGUUUUAUUUCUGUUCACGUCACAUAAUUUCUGCGUAUAUAGUUCUUCUUUAACAUUUAGAUCC